AUGGGAAAUAAAAAUGGCUCAUCGGAAACAUUAUCGAACGAAACAAUAACUUUACUGAUGCAAAAAACUGGCAUGCCAAAGUAUGAAGUAGAAUUAUGGUACAAAGCAAUAUCAAGUCGAUCUUCAAAAGGAAAAUUGUCUAAGAAACAAAUGAUAUCUAUUUAUAAAGAUAUGAGUGAUCUGGAUUCAACACGUAUAAGUGACGUAGUUGAUGCAUUAGAAAAAGUUUUCGAUGAAGACAAUAGCGGUAGUGUUGAUGUAAAUGAAUUCAUGCGAGGUUUUAUAUUAACAACUAAAGGCGAUUUAAAAUCAAAAAUUGAUUAUACAUUUCGGUUAUAUGAUGAAAAUAAUGAUAAUAAGAUAUCUGGUGAAGAAAUUAAAAAAAUGGCAAACGCAGUAACACGUAUGCUGGGCGCCGAUGAAACAGGAAGCGAUGAAGCAUGUUGUGCUAUAAUUCAUCAAUUUCUUAAACAAUUUACUGGCAAUCAUAACGGUGUUAUUCAUAGACAUGAUUUUAUAGAAACGGUAAUGCGAAAUAGAGAAUUGUUAUUUGUACUUUCACCGUUUUAUGGUAUUGAUUAG